AUGGGCAAAGUCGAGAAAACAAGCUCGCAAGAGACCAUUAAUGGCCUCGUCUUCUACCGUCGGUACGUGGACGAUAUCUUCUGCCUGACGGAUGGUACCACCGAUACCGAGGAGCUUGUCCAAAAGUUCAACAGUGCGCACCCCUCGCUAAAGUUCACUGCAGAGACCGAGGCAGAUAACGAACUUGCCUUUCUCGAUGUCCUUCUGCACAGGCAAGAGGAUGGGUCUAUCCAGCGCAGGGUGUUCCGAAAGAAAACCUGGACGGGACAAUAUGUUAAUUUCCACAGUUUUGUCCCCCUUCACAUCAAACGGAAUUUAGUCCAGGGAUUGGCGACUAGAGUGAGACGCAUCUGCUCACCUGAAGCUAUUGAAGAAGAACUUCAACAGCUGCGGAACACACUUCGGGAGAACGGAUACCCAGAUAGAUUCAUCCUCCGAAAUAUUGGUGAACGCGUUGAAAAGCCCACUGUUGAGACUGCGGGAAAGAAAGAUGUAUUCAUAAGAUUGCCUUUUAGAGGAGACGCAGAGAGCGAACUAGUCCGACGGCGCUUAACUACAGCUAUCACGAGGGCAUUCCCUGCGGCGAUUUACGCGUAUGCUUCACAAACUCUCCCCUCCUACGUUUGGGAGGUAAAGACAGACUACCGUUGGAGGCCACAUCAAUGUGCAUUUAUUCAUUCACUUGCUCCUGUGGAGCAGGAUACAUCGGCCGCACAACGAGACGCCUGGUAA